CACGGAGUCUUGAAGCUCGCUCGAACCCUUGUUUAUAAACAGAAGAUAAGCGACCGGUGGCCGUAACCAAUACUAAUGCUUACGCUACUACAGGCGCAUGCCUAAAUAGAAUUCACUACUAUGGUACCAGCAAUUUUUCAGGAAUAUCUUGGAAGCUAUGUGACCUCCUUACAUAUAUAGAAAAAUGUUGUUCAAAGUUUUGAGUUUUACAACAUAUCCAAAAAUACAUAGAAAUCGGAGAAAUAGCUUUUCUACAGUUUUGCCCUUACUUUUUAUGAUAGAACAAUGCCGGAGGAAAGCAUUAUUCGAUAUUUUUCUUAUCACGCCAUAAUAACGAAAAAAAAAAAAAUAUUGAAUUGAUUUAAUUUAUUGUGAGGCUACAAAAAACUUUAUAAAAACUUCACGCAGAAAGAUAUUUUAAGAAAAAUCAUUCUUCUCAAAAAAGUUUCAACCAUAUUUUUUAAUUAUUUUGUAAAACAGGUAGUAUUAAACCAUUUAAAAGAAAAUGACUGAAGUCUACUACUAGAGAAGAUACAGAAACUUGUAACAAUAUCAUCACAAUGAACAGACAAGAAAUACCCGAACAACAGAUACUAGCCUAUUCAUCUCUGAUACUAGAUUUUGAUGCUGCUAUUGAUCAAACAUAUUACUAUAUGUGCUUUUUAAGUGGAAGGUUACCUUAUAUAAAUUACAUACACCUUUGUUAUUAAAGUAUUGCAUGCAGAAACAUUAGUUAAAAAUGUUAAGAAGAAGAAAAAAUAAAAGUAGUAAAUUUGCUCGAAUGAACGAAGAAGAACGUGUACGUUAUAUGCAACAUAGACUUGAAUUUGAGUUAGAAACCAAAAGGCGUAAACAACAAUUAAUCGCUAUUUUUACUAAGAAUAAAUUAAAACGCGAAGAGGUAUUUUCAAAAUUAAAUAUUGCCAAAAUUAAUGAAAAGUGGAGGUAUGUUUUGCGACAAAUAAAAUGUAAGGAACUUCAUAAAGAUGUAACACAUCUUCAUACAACUUUUGGUAGAGCAAUAAGAACUAAGGAUGCAACAAUUUCUUAUUUAUAUAAUGAAUUAAAAAUAGCAGAUGCAGAUCACAAAAAACUUCAAGAAACACAUAUUUUAUUAAUCAAUAAUAUAAUUGGGAAAUACAAACAAAAAUUGACAGAGUUACAUGAUACAUGUACAUUUAAUAAUACUAACACAAAUAAUAUGGUAGAGUUAACUGAAUUGAGAAAUCACAUGGAACAGUGCUAUAAGGAAAUUUCUAAUAAUAUAAGCAGAAAAAGUACAAUUUUUAAUCAUACACAAACUAUAAGAAAAACAUACAAUGCUGUUAAUAUUUUUAAUAUUUUGUACUUGGAGGAAGAUAUGACAUCAAAUCUUCUGCAUCAGUCUUUUUCAAACAUAGAAAAAUUCUGGGAACAGUUAUAUAGAAUAAUAAAUGAAUAUCAAAGAAUAGUUGAAAACAAAAGAAUACAGUAUGAGUAUUUAAAAGAACAAGAUAACAUUGAUCGAAUGUGUAUAUUGCGAUAUCCGAAAGUAUGCUUACAGUUACAAAGUAUUAUUGAAAGAUUAAAAGGCAAUGUACACAUAUUAUCACAAAAAAGAAAUGAAAAAAUUGCAAAACUCCAAAUAACAGAUAUAAAAAUAAAGGAAAAAUACAAAAAUAUUAAAUAUGAAUUAACUAUAACUCAAAUGAUAAAUUCUGUACAGUUGAAAAAAUUGGCUAUUAAAAGUAAUGAAGUAUUAAAACAUUUACAAAGACUUAUGGAAAAAGGUUGCACAAUUCUUGAAAUAAUUAAAAUAUGUUCCAAUUUGGAACCUUUAUUUUUUAACUUGAAGAAAUAUUUUAUACAAAAUACAGUACAUAAUGAAUGUGCUGAUACUAAUAUUCCUGAAUCAUGUGCUAAAAUCAGUAACUUUUGGGAAUAUUAUAAUUAUAUAAAAGUAAAUAAUAUUAUGUUAAGGAAAGAAAGUAACAAGCUUUGUAGAGAGAAUAAAAAAUUAAAACAUAAACUGCAAGCAUACUUCUUGGUGGAUUCUGGCUUAACAUAUCCAAUUACUCUAUCUUUGACUUGAAAUCUUUUGUUUAGUUAUCCUUUAUAAUCAUAAAUAAAAAAAUAAAUAAUAUAGUAGUAAAUACUUAAAUUUCAAUGAAUCGGGAGUUCACAUUGUAAUUUUUUUAUAACAGGCAUCGAUUUUACUCCAGGAAUAGCCAUGAACUUUUGACCCCUUUGAUAAGGAAAA